UUACACGUUAACUUAAAUUCUUCCAUUACGGAGAGUUGGGUAAAUCGUAAGAGAAAGUGAUGAAGAAAAUUUGCGCAACUGUGUUCAUCUUGACGGCGGCGGCGUUUCCAGUUUCGAUGAUCGAAGCUAUUGAAGACAACCAUGCAGAACGGAAUAAGGACAUCGAGCCGUUCGUAAACGAAUGCAUUAGUGCCACGAACGCCGAUCCCUAUGAGGUUGACCUUUGGAUGAGAAAUAAAACAUAUCUUCCCAUUCCUUCUCCGUGCUUUAAGUGCUUUCUUAAAUGUACAAGCGAGAAGGCAGGUUUCGCGAAAGCUGAUGGUACCCUUGACGUAGACUUUGUGACGAAACAUUUCGGUGGCGUCCUUACAAUCGAUCAAAUCAUCGUGUGCGUUAAACUUCAAGAUUUGAAUCUGGACGAAUGCGACAAAACGUAUCAACUUUCCAUGUGUGUUGACAAAACAAUACAAGAGAAUAUAUCGAAACCUGUGAAACCAAUAGCGGAAUAG